ACAAGAAAAAUAAAAAAGACACACAAAAGGGUGGAAAGAAAGUGAGCAAAGGGCUGUGAUCGGCUAACACAGGAGCAUCAUAAUCGCAUGGUGUGGAUUUCCGCUUUGGCACAUUUACUUUAAGCUGCGCAGCAGUGGCAGGGACACACCACAUACACAACACAUGCAGAGUUACUCUACUGUACCAGAGCUACACUAUGGCGCUGUGAAGAGGGAGCGAGCUCCACUCCACCAUGCAAUCCACCACGAACAUCAAUGGGCUCCAGCGACAGGGCAGCCAGGACAGUUACAUUAUGGACGUCUCUCCGCGGAAGAAGGGUCAUCUAUGGUAUCGGGGCUCUCUGAGGGGACGCCAUGACAAACCCAGUCAGAAUGGGGGGACUACUCCUGGGACUCUGCCAAGAGGCUGGAAACAGUCCAACAGAACCCGCUCAAACUCCUUGGUGGAUUACUCGGACCCUCAGAGGACUACUGUCAUAAUGCAAAAGCAAGACAAUGAGACGUUUGGAUUUGAAAUUCAGACAUAUGGUGUGCAGCUGAAGAACAGCACUGCGGUGGAGAUGUGCACAUUUGUGUGCAAGGUGCAGGACGAUAGCUCGGCUGAGAGUGCAGGCCUGACCACCGGUGACGUUAUCGUCACCAUCAAUGGGGUCAGCAUUGAGGGGUCAACCCAUCAGCGCAUCGUUGACCUGAUUCGAGAAUCCACCAACUUUUUACAGAUGGAGACGGUGUGUGGGACGGUGGUGAAGAGGAUUGAACUGGAGAAGAAAAUGAGCUUGCUCAAGCAUACCCUGGGAGAGAAAUGGGUGGAGUUGCAAGCACUCACAUUACAGGAAAAACGCCUUACGCAAGGUAACCUGAAUGACAGUUCUCUACACCCCUCUAUGGACUCCCUGAUGUCGCUACUGUCGCCGUCUGGACACAGUGACCACUGUGGCCACCGUUUCUCCAGUGACAGUAGCUGCCGGAGUGGGAUGACAGAGGACAGUGACCUGGCCAGUGUGUUUGGGGAUCUGAGCUCUCCCAGCCCCUGCAAUGUGGCCAGUCCAGAUGAUAGCUGCUUCUUCUCCACAGACUUCCCCCAGGAAAUGCCCAGGGCCCUGGCCAGCCUCAGCCGUCCCCGUAGCGAUAGCCUGGCUGGCAGCAGUGGCUCCCUCUCCUCCUCUUCUUGGGACCCCUCCAGAGCCUCCUCCCUGUUCGGGACACUCCCCAGGAAGGCUAGGAGAGCCAGCGUCCGCAAACACAUCCUGAAGUUCAUCCCUGGAUUCAACCACUCAGUGGAGGAGGAGGACACCUGACCUAUGAACAAACACUACAGUAGGUCUGUGUCUGAUGUGAUGUUCAAUACAAACAUUUCCUGCUGAGACUGAAGCAUUGCCAAUAUGGACACCGCGCCCCUGGCUCAGGAGUAGCCACUCAGUGAACAUUAUUGGGAUAAAGAGAAAUAUCCCUUUGACAAAGGCCUUCAGUUAUCUAUAGAUACUGUAUAUGUGAUGCACAAUUUACAUAAUGAGAAAACAGCAUUAAUCCUUAACGGUAACAAUUAUUUGGAAUAUAGAACACGGGAACUCAGUUCAUGUGUGUGCAACAAAGAUUGUGCUUGCCAUUUCUAAAAAUGUUACCAUUGUAUGUAGGGUGACAUCUAUGCAUGAAAAGCCAUGAUUUUCCUCAAUUCAAUAUUUUGCUUGUAUAUAACUUGAAGUGUUAUGCUUUGCAUAUUUGAUGCAUGCAAUGAAAGAAUUUAGCAGCAAGUCUGUCAGGUUUGUCACCUAAAAAGUGAGUUCUUAACCAGGUAGCUAACUUCAUAGUUCAAAACAGGAUGUGGGCAGAGAAGGAGCUACUUUCUUGACUAUUUUUGUACCCAUACCCAAGUUUCAGGUUAUCUACAACUUACUUUCAGUUAUACUACAAAUAAGAACCGUCUUCCCUCUAAUUCAUGGCAUUUUAACAGAGUGCCAUGGAAUGAUACUCGACUGUUUUGAAUGUAUGCUUGAUGUGUGCCAUUUGCUGCUUUCAUUGAGAUUCAAAAGACAUGUUAAAAAUUCCCUGAGGACAAGUGACUGUAUAAUUUUACACAAAUAAAGUGUAUAGCGACAGUUUAGGAACCAACUAUUUACAUAUUCUCUCUCAUACUGCCUUCUAUUAUUUAAGUACAUCUGUGAGUGAAAAAAAAAAGAUUAACAUCCACUAGAUGGCAUUGCAAGCAUUAAAUGCUUAGGACUUAUAUCAGAACAUACAGUAGAAUGCCACACUGUAAAAGGAGAAUGAGGUUCACAAUGUGAUGCCAGUGGGGUUCUGCAGUGGGGUGGCAGGUAUCCUGGUGGUUAAGAGCAUUGGACUAGUAACCAAAAGGUUUCUGGUUCGAAUUCCCAAGCUGACUAGGAGAAACAUCUCAUUGUGCCCUUAAGCAAGGCACUGAACCUGAACCCCAUUUGCGCCUGUAAGUUGCUGUUGAUAAGUGUGUCUGAAAUAUAAGUAGGACAGUUAAAGGAAAUGUACAUGUACUGUUGACCUACACCAGAAGAUUAGAAUCCCAAAGCACUCCAUGCUUAUUCUUCCAGACCAGGGGAGACCAGAUUAACCCCUUAAUAAAAACAUGGUGUUCUGUUUCUCUACGACCUCCAGAUGAGUCCCGACACUUGUGAAGGUAACCCGUAGUAACAAAUGGAAGUAGUUUUGCGGCGAAAAAAAGUGUAUAUACACACACACACACACACACACACACACACAUUUCCUGAGCUUUCAUAUAUCUCCUAGAUAUAGGACAGACACUUAAACAUUCCUCAUGAUUUGUUUGUUGCUAUUUAUGAAUGUGUUGUUCAAUGCGAUUCUAUGGGCUAUAGUAGUACAGGCCAAAUUAUUUUAAUCAAAUAACUUAAAUAUUUUUUUUUGGGGGGGGGGGGCCUAAAGCGGUCUUAAUUUAAAAUCAAAUAGCUAAAUGAUCCAUUGUAUGACCAUCUUAAAAAAUUCCAUAUGUUAACUCAGAAGAGGUGGGAGGGGGGCACUAACUGCUUAGACUGAGGUUAACAGGGUGGUAAGGCUACAGCUCUAUACUGAGACUAUUCUUACAUUCUGUUAGCUUAGAAAUGAGAAGACAGUAAACAAGGAAAAGAGCUGCUAAAAAGAGAGCAUACAGAAUGUAAACCUUAUAGCUGUGUAAAAAGAGAAUGACAAUAUCCCAUAUAGCAGACACUUUUAUACAAAGCGACUUACUGUCAUACGUGAUAUGAAAUGAUGCAACUUAGCCAGCAAUGGUAGGUGUUCUUGUUGCCAUCUCUUAAGGGACCCUUAAGCAUGCAACAUGUGCCCUCAACGCCGUAGCUUACCCUGCUUUCCACAUGAGGAAACUUACAGGAGAACGUUCAUCUGGUCUCAGAAUGGCACAGGGGAGGUGGUCACUCAGGAUGGAUUAUACUAAACAAUCAGUACAAUCAGUUCACUUGUCCAAGUCACACAGACAAAGAGCCAUUUGUUGGUCCAACACAAAACCUCUGUUCUUCACUGGCUCAAACAUGCUUAAAGAAUUACAUCGCACACUAGCACAAAAAAAUAAAAAAAUUAAGACAGCUCGCGCCUCACAUCAUUGAUUAAAAUGCAGGAUGGUACUCUCCCUUACUAGCCAACGGGAUAACUAGGACCGAGAAUUAGUAUUUUGAUUGGAUGACCACAAUGGAUGACCGCAUUGGCCGGCUGAAGACGCUCAAACUGUCUGGCAACUGCUACGACAAAAUGCUCGUCGGGAAAAAUCAAAAGGAGGUGGACAAUUGACGAAGUCAGAGAAGUCUGAUUAUUUCAACACCACAAAAGGGAGGUAAAAAAUUUAAUAAAAUAUGGACAGAGAAAAGAGCAAUCCUCCGCCACUGGACCGGGACGGGAUGGAGGGGAAUACAAACAGGGUGGCAUCCCAGGUGGUGGAGAUCAUCAGUGGGAUGAGUCUGGGAGCCAUCCAGUCUCUGGAGCAGGCUGAGGAGGAGGAGGGAGAUGACUCUGUGUUCUAUGAUGAGGGUGAUGCUCCAUUAGAUGGGGAAGGAAGGUCUUGUCCCUUGGUCUGUGGGUCCACCGAGAAAUCAGCUCAACCACAGAAUGUGAAGGUGAGCCUAAUUAAGGCUGAGGCAGCCGGUGUAGUCAUGGAGAAUGGAACAGGGAAUGAUCCCAUCACGGAAGGAGGAGAACAUCGGAGCUCUGCCCUUUCGGGUAAGGGUGAUACUGGGCCACAUCACACCGCCAGUGGCCGAACUAAGCCCCAGACAGUCCAGACAGAAACAUUGGCACAAAUCCCAACUCAAACACUUGCAGAGCCACAAAAACAUACAAGACAGGACACAUUGAUGAACAAAGCUUCUGCUUCACACAAGAUGGAGGUGAAAGAUACACCUGUUACUACUCCCCCGCCUGUACCUGAGGAACCUCAGCUAUACAGGGCGGCAGAGGCCCCAUGCUCCUCUGGUGACGAGCCCAACAGUGCAAGUCAGGAUGAGGAGGACACAGACAAAGGUUCCCAGGAUUCCCUGGCCUGUCAGGGUACAAGUUCCCAGUCCUCAGAAGGACAGAAGUAUGGCCGGCCCACUCAUCAGAAAUCCUCCGACCACAACACCAGUUCCAAAUAUAGCACUGUCUCCUACAGGAAGAUACGCAAAGGUAACACUCGCCAGAAGAUCGACGAGUUUGAGUCCAGGAUGAAUCUAUAACGUUACAUCAAGUUAAUAUCUUGAAGAUGGUGCAGCUUUACUUCAACUGCAUGGAGCUGGAUGGGGGCAUGCUAAACCAGUCGCUAUGCAAAUUGGACGAUCAUCUGUCGUCGUUGGUUAAGUCUGUCUAAUACACAAUCCUAACAGAUUUUCAGUGUAUCAUAUUUCAAAUAUUGACAUUUCACUGUAACGUUAAGUCCCUACUGAAGCCAAAAGAAUGAUUGACAUGUAAAGAGUUCUCACAGACUUGGAAUGACUUCUGAGAGGAGCUCAAUAUGCAUAGUAGUGUUAUUUAAUUAGAAAAUCUGCAGGGAACAUUUGAUUAUGUAAGGCAGGUAUUUGAUAAGCAGAUUAAAAAAAACAUUUUUUUUUUUUUAAGAGGCUUGGGGAGCUAAUAAUCCUACUAGCAAAACAUUACAACUUGCAUUCCCCAGGGGCUCCUGGCCUGUAAACAUUUCAAUACACUUUGCUAAGCACUGCAAAUCUGAAUUUCAGG